GUGUUUAACGGUGCUCCUGCAUCUCACCUCGCCCUCCCUACUUAUUAUACUUUCAUUCGCUUUUGCCAUCAGUGUUAUUCAUUCAAUGUCGGGACAGAUCUGUCAAUUCUUUCUUCAGGGUAGAUGCAGGUACGGGGACCGAUGUCGCUCGAUCCAUCCAAGCGGCGGGCAGCUCGGCUCAAAUAAUAGGUAUGGUAGUGGUGGUGGUGGUUUCGCUUCCAACAAUUCUUUCAGUGCGCUGAGUGGAAAUACUGGAAGCGGCGGAUUCGGAGGUAGUAGUGGGGGCGGAGGAUUUGGACAGCGCGGAUUUGGGGGCGGUGGCGGCAGUGGUGGAGGAUUUGGAGGCAGUAACAAUAACACCAACCGAGGAUCUGCGUUCGGAAACACGGGUGCAGGUGGUGCUGGCGCAAAUGCUCCUGGGGCCAAGAAGAUUUCAUACGAUGCAAAUACGAUUGUAAACGAUUUGACACUGGAUCGACCAUUCCACGAACUUUCAUCAUACGCGCCAGGGAAGGAGGAACCCAACCUGAUCCAAGGAAAGGAUAUGCAGCCAGAGGAACUUCGACUCAUGUACUAUGAAACUCAGAACCCCACUGUGCUUCAGGCCACUAGCGAUUAUUCGGGGCUGAUGGCUGUGGCUGCGACUCUCGGGAACAGGCCAGGGGGGAUGCAGGAUGCUUUCAUGCAAAAGCUUCAGCAGCUGAACAUGGGUAUGGAGCAGGAAAUUCAAAAGAUCACAAAGGACCCACAGGGUGCAUAUAACUACUUUAUGAGUACUAUCAGGCCCAAUUCUGGCGCUGGCACUGCUGCAUCGACGACACCUACAGGGCCAGGAAAUAGUGCGUUCGGUGGAGGCGGAGGAAAUUCGGCAUUCAGUCAGGGUUCAGGGUUUGGGCAGACGUCAGCUUUUGGCCAGACAUCGAAUCUCGGUCAGGGCUCAGCCUUUGGGCAGACAUCAACUUUGGGAGGCUCUGCGUUCGGUCAAACUUCGUCCCUUGGUGGCAACUCUGCCUUUGGCCAGCCGUCGACGCUCGGCCCUAGCUCAGCAUUUGGUCAGGCAUCCACACUCGGCUCUGGAUCAGCAUUUGGACAAACAUCUUCAUUAGGAGCAGGACAAAGCGCAUUUGGAGCUGGCGGAAAUGCCACUAGUGCUUUCGGGGGUGCCACUGGCAAUCCGACCAGCGCCUUUGGAACAGGAGGAAGCAGUUUCGGAGGCGGCGGAAGUACGUUUGGAACUGGCGGUAAUGCUUUCGGGACCACAGCAGCACUGCAGCCCACAACCAGCGCCUUUGGAACUGGAGGUGGGUUCGGUCAGCAGUCGGCUUUUGGAAACAAUGCGACUCCAGCUGGCACAGCUGGUCAAGGCAGUACGGCCUUUGGAGGAUCAGGAUUUGGUCAGCAGCUGCAACAACAACAACAGCAGCAGCAGGGCGUGUUUGGACAUGGAGCUAGCGCAUUUGGUACAGCCACGCAAGCAAGUCCAUUUGGACACGCCGGCAACGCCGGAGGCGCAUUCGGAAAUGCUGCGAGUGGUAUGAAUGCGGCAGGUGGUAAUAGUAAUGUUUCUGCGGCUGCGGCUGCUAAGGAUGCUGCGGUCAGUGCAGGCGCACUCAAGAUGGUCAAGGCAACGGGUCUAAAGACGUCUGGCAAGGGCGAGCCAUUGACGGAUGAUGAGAUCGCUGCAUUCAGGGCUCCGGUUUUUGAGAUCAAACGCAUACCAGAGAAGGAACCGCCCGUAGAACUGCGGUGAUGGCACACAGGAUCCGACGUGACGCGAAGCGACAUUGCUUUACAUGGCAUCAUACCCCUGUGCUUCUGCACUUUCGCACCAAUUCACCGAUACUCAAACAAGCAAACACAUCCAGCAUGCACUCGUCUUCUUUUGCGACCAAUUGUACAGAAAACCCACUUAAAUAAAAUACAGACUGUAAG